AUCUGUAAUGGUUGAGAACUUCGAGAAGCAUAGUUUUGUGUUCAUACCCAAAUUGGCGAUUCGUUAUUGGCAGAGAUGUGUUAGGCCGGUCGAGACUUGUAAAUGUUUCUUUCCGAAGGCUCCCUGGUGAGGAAUUUUAUUCCAAUAUGAGAGGAUACGAAAGUGUAUACCCCGCUGAAGGACGCUGAAUGCCAUGUGUAGACAAAUUCUAGAACUAGGAUCACAAGACCAUGCCAAAGGAGAUUGCCAGCAUGGCCCGAGUCAAAUUUGGCAUUCAGUCUUACAUGUUGCAUCGUCGGUUAUGUUUAAGACCAAGAGAGAGAUGACCUACCUUUUGCAAGUUGAUACCCAGCAUCCUGAGAAUCCUGUGAGCUAAAAGUUCCGCUGGAAUAGAUUAGGAUAACUUGUAUAGCUACCGGCUGUAGCCCAUCGAACUACUACUACUACUACUACUGCCCAAGGGCGGGCCUUCCUGAGAACCUGGGAUUAAUGAUGAUGAAGACGACGCAAGAAGAAUGGCGGCGUCCAACAACAGAACAUAACCCAAAAUACAAGACCUUUAUAGGCUCUUCCAUAGACCUUUCGUAGCAGCCCCCCCCCUCCCCCCGCUAACAAAACAAUGACAACAGAAUAGAGUGUAGGGUUACUCCGCGAGUAAGCAAAAAUGUUGGUUUUGAUGUGAAAAUUGAUCGGCGACAGAGAAGGAGGAAACCUUUGCCGAAUGAGCAUCGAGUUCGUCUAUUAAACGGGAAGUGGACGAUCUGGUGGAAAUGGGUAGGGAAAGGAGAGGAUUCAGAAGUCUCCGUAGCUCCUCCUUGAAGCCAUUUUCCUGCCAAUUUUCGGAUUCGACUUCUUCUAGGCUGUGAAGAGGCGUUCAGAGGAAUUCCUGAAGACCCUGAGGACAAACUGGAGGCCACAAGGGAGCGCGAGGACUCUUGGAUUCCGGGAGAACCCAAAACAGGAGUCCACAAGGAAGCGCGAGGACUAGUGGAUUCCGGUAGAACGCAAAACUGGAGUCCAUAAGGAAGCACGAGGACUCAUGGAUUCCGGGAAAACCCACAUCGAAGCCAGCGGCAGAUUUUGAAACUAUGCUGUUGUCUCGAGCAUGUGUCAGGUAUAACGCAUCAUGAUUAAUUACGCUUUUAAUAUUGUGUGUGUUUCAAAAGUGGAAUUGCUCCGGCAAUUUGUUUGUGCUUAUGGCUACUGGAGUCGCGGUAGUGAUGUUAUUGACGAUACUUGUGACUACGGGAUCCCCCGUAGUAGUAUCUUUGACAAUAACUCUUGGAACUCCGCGACUUCCAGUGGAAUUAUUCUUUUAAAAUUGGCUCUGUUCAUCGGAACAGUGAUUACCCUUUUUAAUAUUGGACGGAAGAUCAAAUCUUUCUGGAAUGGACCGACUGAACUAAUAUCACCAGACCAGGAGGACGUCAGCGAAACGGACAUUAACCAGGGAAGCAACGCGUAUUCGACUUUGAAGGACGUCUACGAAAAGAAGUUCGAGAAUCUCGAAUUAGAGAUUCAGCACCUUCAGAGUGAAAAUUCUCGUUUGCGAGCGACCUUGCUGGAAAAGGAGAACGUCUUCGAUGAAAUGGCUGACAAUUUCGACGGCUUGAGGCGAAGAGUUCUCGAUGAUUAUAAAGAUAGGAUGGAAGACAGGCCACUCUUGCCCAGCGGAUCUAUCCAAGAAGAGGGAGACGAGUUUCUGGAUCUUCUGGAACAAACUUUGAAUGGUCCAAUUGAAUGCGUCUUCCCCAAGCCAGCCCUACUGGAGGAUUGCAGGAGGAACCACCUCUAUGAAUCGUUACUCUUCCUUCGGCAGCGGUUGGACAGACUGGAAAGGGAACAGCUGGAACGAUCUCGAGUGGAAAAAGAACUCGAGAAGAUGAUUAGCUGUUUUAAAGAGGAGGUCCGCACUUUGGCGGAAGACAACAGAAACCUCACCGAGGAGAUCACAAAUCUCCGGAGUGAAAAUAUAGAGAAGGACGAACAGAUUGAACAUCUGAAAGAGAACGACGUAAAACGAGAAGAGAUAUUGGACGGUCUACAGGAAGAGCUGAGGAAUCUCCUCGAGCAGAAGACUGAAAUGGAGACCAGCAUUGCUCGUAUGGAGAAAGAAAAAACUGACCGCGAAGAGCAGGUUGAAGAUUUGGAAAAGGAAUUGAAAAAAGAAGUCAAUGACCUCAAGCAGAGGCUGACUAAGCAAAAGGAUAGGAAUCUGGAGAAGGACGAAGACAUCGAAAGAUUGAAAAGAGAGGUGGUUGAAAAAGAAGAGAAGAUAGGAGAUCUGGAAAAGCAAGUCCAGAAGUUAGCUGAGGACAAACAGGAAUUAAUCAUCGAAAUGGAAGACGAGGUUCAUCGCCUUAUGCAGGAGCUCAGUCGUCUCCAUAUGGAAAAGGACCUACAGGAUGAAAAAUGUAAGCAGGAACUGACUGAAAAAGAAGAGAAAAUAAGAGAUUUAGAGAAUGCAAACCUAAAUUCACUGGAAGAAAACAGGAAAAUUAUAAAUGAAAUGGAAAAGAAAGUCAGCGACCUUCAGGAAAUGAAUAAGGAGAGGGAGCAGGAGAUUGCUCAGUUGGAAAAGGAAUUAACUGAAUGUAAAGAAAUAAUUGACGUUUUGCAAAAGGAGGUCGUCGACUCGCUAGAUGAAAAGGAAAGUAUGAAAAGAAAAAUGGAAAAUGAGAUGAACGACCUCAAAGAAGACCUGAGAAACCUGCAGGAUUUGAACCAGGAAAAGGACAAAGAGAUUGGAGAGAUGGAAAAACAAUUAACUGACUGCAGACAAGUAAUUGACUUUUUGGAAAAGGAGAUCGUUGACUUGCUGUAUGAAAAGGAAAGUUUGAAGACGACAAUGGAAAAGAAGCUGAACGACCUAGAGGAUUUGAACAAAGAAAUGGAAGAGGAGUUUGGAGAGAUGGAAAAGCAAUUAACUGACUGCAGAGAAGUAAUUGACUUUUUGGAAAAGGAGAUCGUAGACUUGCUGUAUGAAAAGGAAAGUUUGAAUACGACAAUGGAAAAGAAGCUGAACGACCUAGAGGAUUUGAAUAAGGAAAUGGAAGAGGAGUUUGGAGAGAUGGAAAAGCAAUUAACUGACUGCAGAGAAGUAAUUGACUUUUUGGAAAAGGAGAUCGUUGACUUGCUGUAUGAAAAGGAAAGUUUGAAAACGACAAUGGAAAAGAAGCUGAACGGCCUAGAGGAUUUGAACAAGGAAAUGGAAGAGGAGUUUGGAGAGAUGGAAAAGCAAUUAACUGACUGCAGACAAGUAAUUGACUAUUUGGAAAAGGAGAUCGUAAACUUGCUGUAUGAAAAGGAAAGUUUGAAUACGACAAUGGAAAAGAAGCUGAACGGCCUAGAGGAUUUGAAUAAGGAAAUGGAGGAGGAGUUUGGAGAGAUGGAAAAGCAAUUAACUGACUGCAGAGAAGUAAUUGACUUUUUAGAAAGAGAGAUCGUAGACUUGCUGUAUGAAAAGGAAAGUUUGAAUACGACAAUGGAAAAGAAGCUGAACAGCCUAGAGGAUUUGAAUAAGGAAAUGGAAGAGGAGUUUGGAGAGAUGGAAAAGCAAUUAACUGACUGCAGAGAAGUAAUUGACUUUUUGGAAAGAGAGAUCGUAGACUUGCUGUAUGAAAAGGAAAGUUUGAAUACGACAAUGGAAAAGAAGCUGAACGGCCUAGAGGAUUUGAACAAGGAAAUGGAAGAGGAGUUUGGAGAGAUGGAAGAGCAAUUAUCUGACUGCAGAGAAGUAAUUGACUUUUUGGAAAGAGAGAUUGCAGACUUGCUGUAUGGAAAGGAAAGUUUGAAAACGACAAUGGAAAAGAAGCUGAACGGCCUAGAGGAUUUGAACAAGGAAAUGGAAGAGGAGUUUGGAGAGAUGGAAAAGCAAUUAUCUGACUGCAGAGAAGUAAUUGACUUUUUGGAAAAGGAGAUUGUAGACUUGCUGUGUGGAAAGGAAAGUUUGAAAAGGCAAAUGGAAAAGGAGAUGAACGACCUCCAAGAAGACCUGAGAAAACUGCAGGAUAUGAACAAGGAAAAGGACGAGGAGAUUGGAGAGUUGGAAGAGCAAUUAUCUGACUGCAGAGAGAGAAUUAAAGGUCUGGAAGAUGAAGUCUUGAAGUCGAUGGAGGAAAAAGAGAAGUGGAAAAGAGAAACGGAAAAGUUGAUAAGGAACAUAAAAGAGUUGAUCAAGGUGCAGGAAAUGAAAAUGGAAAAGGAAGAGGAGGAAAAUGAGAAAAGAGGAGGCUUUCAUGUGCCGAAUUGUGGAUCGGCCAAGUCGUAAUUUUGGUGUUUAGGAUAUUUCUGUAAUGGUGUAGGAAAGGUGGAAGUGAAGGGCGAGUGCGAUGCAGCAUCAUUUUACACAGGAAGAGGAGGAUGGAAGCAAGACUGGCCAGCAAGAAGAAUGAAGACGUGGAGCCAGAACAGAAGUUGGGAGGCAAUUGAAGAAGAGGAAGGAGAACGUAGGAGAGUGGAGGGAGGAGAAUGAACGUGUGAUGAGGAA